UCACAACAAGCAAAGCAACCUGCAGAAUCAUUAACCCAAGGGUUAUCUAUCAAAUAUUAUCCUUCAUAUCUUGAUUGAUAGAUAGAUAGAUAGAUAACCCUUGUAUAUAUAUUUCAAUUUCAAUAAAAAUGGCCAACAAUAAUAAGGCCACUCUUGGCUUAUCUCUCCUAGCCCUUUUCUUGGUAGUUGCCGCCGUCACCGUAGCCGUGCUCGUUACCCAGAAAGAGGAAAGUUCGGCCGAACACCACCACGCCGCCGCCGCCGCCGGCAAUAAAAACAUCGGUUCGUCUACCAAAGCCGUGGAGCACGUGUGCAAGCCGACUUUCCAUCGGGAAAUGUGCGUGAAGAAGCUCUCCGCAGCCACCAACAGCACCGACACGAAGGAGCUGGUGGAGGUGGCGUUUAAUGUUACGAUGAAAGAGAUCUCGAAGGUUAUGAAGAAGUCCAAGACUCUCCAGGCCGCCGCGAAGGACCCCAGAACCUCUGAAGCGUUCAAGAUCUGCCAGGAGCUUUUGCAGGACUCCAUUGAUGACAUUAAGCGAGCUUUGGACCGGAUGGUGGACCACGCCGGCGCCGGCGCCAAUCUGGACCUUUACAUGAAUGAUAUUAAGGUAUGGCUUAGCGGGGCGUUAACGUUCGAGAAUACAUGUCUAGAGGGAUUCCUCGGCACCGAAGGGGACAGUGCGGAUAAAAUGAAAAAGCUCUUAGUGACGGCUCAACAGCUCACCGGAAAUACCCUGGAAAUGGUCGAUGAAAUCCAUGACGCUUUAGUCUCUCUCGACAUUGCAGGUUUGAACCGAAAACUCCUCGCCGACUCUAGAAGUUUACCGGUCUGGGCAACCGCCGCCCAGCGCCGCCUCCUAGAGGCUCCGGUGACCCCUGAUGUGGUGGUCGCUAAGGACGGUUCCGGGAAAUACAAGACAAUCAACGAAGCCAUCCCAGAUAUCCCUCUGAAAAGUAAUAAGUCUUUUGUUAUCCACAUCAAGGCCGGCGUUUAUAAAGAAAACGUUGUUCUCACGAAGAAGAUGAUGAAUGUUGUUUUCGUCGGAGAUGGGCCGACCAAGACGAUAAUCUCCGGGAGCAGAAGCUAUGUCGGCGGUUACCAAACCAGCGAAACCGGGACGGUUAUAGUGAAAGGAAGUGGGUUUAUGGGUAAGAAUAUCGGCAUUGAGAACACCGCCGGCCCGGAAAAUCAUCAGGCCGUGGCUCUCCGGGUGCAGUCCGAUCAGGCCAUCUUCCACAACUGCCAAAUCGACGCCUACCAAGACACGCUCUACGUGCACGCCCACCGCCAAUUCUACCGCGACUGCACCGUCACCGGAACCAUCGACUUCAUCUUCGGCAACGCCGCCGCCGUUUUCCAGAGCUGCAAGUUGAUCAUCAGAAAGCCGAUGAUAAACAACGGCUCCGGCCAAUCUUGCAUGGUGACAGCCCAGGGGAGAUCCCAACCCGACGAGCCCACCGGAAUCGCGAUCUUGAACUCCGUCAUCAGCGCCACCCCGGAAUACCUUACCGCCCCGUCCCCAAUCGUUUCCUUCCUGGGACGCCCAUGGCGGCAACACGCGAGAACAGUGAUCAUCAACUCGAAAAUCGACGCCCCCAUCGCGCCGGAGGGGUGGUCGCCGUUCCAGGGAACUUGGGGCCUGGAAGACUGUUGGUACGGUGAGUUCGGCAACACCGGAAAGGGUGCGGACGUAAGCAAGAGAGCCAAAUGGGCGGGAGUCAAAGGGGUGAUCACUAAAGCGCAGGCUGAUGAAUUUGCUCCUGGAAAAUUCAUUCUAGGAGAUACUUGGAUCCCUGCUAGUGGUGUGCCCUAUUCUGCUAAAUAAGUUAGCAUUACUAGCUUAUAAUAUAAUGUAACGAGUUUACAUAUAUUAAUUUGACCCCCCCAAAAAAAAUUGAAACUGCAGGGGCUAGCUAGCUUCAAGAUUAUGAAAUUGAAAUGUAAUUGCAUGAUUGCAUUUGGAUCAAUAAUAUACUAACUUUCUAACAA